AUGGCCACUCAACAUUUCAUGACGACUGGACAAACUACCGUGCCUGGCCAAUGGGUCGUGCGCGUCAAGCCCUAUCUGACCCCCGAGCUGGUACAAAAGGAGCAUCUGUCGCUAUUGGAAGAAAAAACAGAAGAUCCUGCAACUCCCUUCAAUGUGGAAAUUCUUCAACGGUUUGAUCUGUAUGAUUCAAAGGGCUACUCUGCAAAAUUCGACGAUGCAACCAAAGAAGAGUUGGAGAAAAUACCUCAUGUCGUGUCUAUUGAACCAGAGCAACUAUACCGCCACUGCAAUAUCCAGCCAAAUUCACCGUGGGGUAUCAGCCGCGUCUCGACGAGGACCAAACUUGGCGCCCCUCCAUACUCUUACACAUAUCGUGAUGAUGUCGCCGGCAGCGGCACCGUGGCAUAUGUAAUUGAUACUGGUAUCAACAACAAACAUGUCGAGUUUGAGGGGAGAGCCCAAAAGGGCCCAAAGUUUGUCUCUGACAAUGUCUCUAAUGACGAGGAUGUGCACGGUCAUGGUACGCAUUGCGCGGGCACCAUAGCCAGUCGCGCCUAUGGUGUCGCGAAGAAGGCAAAUGUUGUAGGUGUCAAGGUCUUUGGUGACCGGACAGGGACUGCCCAGACAAGUGAUAUCAUCAAGGCGCUCGAGUGGGUUAUCAGUGAUAUCUCUGCCAAAGGCAUGGGCGGCCGUGCGGUGGUGAAUCUGAGUCUUGGGGGACCUCCAAGCGACGCUCUUGAUGCUGCUGUUGCGUCAACCGUUCAUAAAGGGGUAGUGGUUUGCGACAUACAGGAGUCACCAGCACGCGAACCCCUUGCUAUUACCGUUGGGGCUACGGAUAUUAAGGAUCAACUUGCCAAUUUUUCAAGUUACGGAAAGUUCGUUGACAUUCUUGCUCCUGGUGUGGACAUUCUUUCCUGCUGGACAGGCGGUCCAACCAGCACGAAGACAAUCAGCGGUACAUCCAUGGCAACACCUCACGUAGGUGGAGUGGCCUGCUGUCUUCUAAGCGAUCCGACUCUGGCUGGAGGUCAAGCAACUACAUAUGAUGUUAUGAGCAAAAUUCUCAUUCUUGCUGAUAAGAACAAAAUUACAGGGACCGAUGCGAGAACCGUCAACGCACUGUUACAUAAUACUACUAGUCCCAUGGAUGCUUAG